AUGCCCGCAUACGACGCAGAACUUGUCCACUUCUCAAGGGAGGCCAAAUUUUGCGAGCUCGAGAGAUUCUCCUCCGGCAGCAGGUCUGUCGAGAAGCAGCCUGCACUAACUGGCGAUGGUCAGUACGCAACCAAGUCAGAGGCCGCAGACUCUGAAGGAGAUGUGAAGAGGGACAAUGACAAUUACACGACCGAGUCCGACGUUGUAGCCAGAGGACGAGAGGGCGACACGGGCGACGGGCAGCAGGAGCCACAGCAGCCACAGCAACAGGACCGCCACCUGGAGCUGGCUUACUUUGCGCAGAGACGGGAGGAGGACGAGCUCGAUGCCCUACUGGACGAGGCGUACGAGUGGUGCGAGGAGGACACUUAUGUUCUCGCCGCUGGCCCUGACGAAGAGCUGCACGAGCUGGAUGGAUGGCUUCUGCGCGGUAAAGACGAGGAGCCGCGAACCGAUUUGCUCUGCUCAGAGUCAUCUUGUCACUUCUCGAACAUCGGCGGAGGAGGGAGGAGGGGAGGGGGGGAACAGGAGGGAAGUAAGCCCAAGUCAGACAGGUGGAAUUCAGAAGGGCCCAAGGAUAUCGGAGGGUUGGUCAGGGGCUGCAUGAACGCCCUGAUAGCCCCGAACGCCCCCUGUGAUGCGCAGAUCCGGGGCAAGUCAUGCAGCAGUGGUAGCGGCGGGGUGGUGGAAGACUGA